AUGCUGGCAGACACACACACACACACACACACACACACGCACGGACAACUCCUCUAUCUUCGUGGUGUGCUUCCCCUUCUCGCGGCGUCCUCUGCGGUGCAACCCCUCUCUACCUCCACUGUGUGUGUGUGUGUCGAUGCUGCACCUCUCCCGCCUGUGUCCCUUGUUGUACUCUCUGAGUGCCUUGGAUUUAGACUCGGGGGGUGGGGCGUCCUUGGUGGACCCCGCCAGCACCGCUGUCCUGCCUGCACCACUGUCUACAUACGCCUUUUUCCCGUACACGCCACCCUCGCCUAUGCGUCUGUAUGUGUACGCUGA